CAUAGGUAGGCACUUGAGCAAACUUAGUGGAAUCCCAUUCUGCUCUCCCUAGGUACCUCCAGGUAAGCAAGCAAGUGACGGGCCGGCGAAUCACCCUGGUUUUGUACUAUGUAUGUAUUUUGUUUCUUUUUUUUUUUCCCUCUCUUACUGUAGCUCCAUUUUCUAUGACUUUACCUAUAAUGUGAAGUCAGAAGAUGGAAGGUACGACUCCCUUAUUACCCUUCAACUCAUAUUUGGAAGGUGCGAUUAUCUCUUUUUUAUGCUGUCCUUCUGGCUGCCGCCAAAUGGGAAGGAGGAGCACCCUGGAUGUGACUUUGGAACUUAGGUUCCAGUUUGUCAUCAAUGCUACUAGGUAGUCAUUUGAGGAGCGUUAAAAGAGUUUUUUUUGCCCUUUGACGUCCGUUCAGUAGUGGGCCACAGUAGGGUCGGAGUGAUGAGAAGAGAGUGUAGAGGCAGCGAAGCGUUUCUGAUCGUGGCUACCUGACCUCUGCUACCUGACCUCUAGGAGACUCAGAUCGGAGGAUCUCUGUGUAGUAUUUUUGCUGUAACAACUUUGUUCUUGUCUGCGUCGUUUUCCCCUUUUUACUUACCUUCCUCUUGGAGGUACGUUAGUCUUCCCUC